AUGAGGCCCAUUGAUGAGCCGAGAAAUGGAAGUUUUGGGCUGCUUGGGAGCUGUUGGUCUGUCACGAAUCUCGAGGCCUGGUGCUCCGGGCGAGGGGAUGUGCGUCAACACGUGACGUCCUUCUUUUGGAUGCGGUGCGGUUGUGCGCGGGCGUGCCAGCACGGUCUACCGUGUGUCGAGAUGAUGAUGAGGUUCGGGUAG